AUGGUGUGGGUGCGUAGAGAUGGAUUCCCUGCAUUCACGGAUGCGCUGGCCAGAGUCUUCGCGGGGGGCGGACAUGAGGGGGCGACCCCGGAACCCCCGGAAUCGAGCGAUCCUAAACUGCUGAUCGACUCGGGCAGUAUGGAGGUUGAGGUGGAACCUGGCUCUAUGAGCUACGAUGAAGAUGAAGACGCAAGCGACGUCGACUCCCUGAAUACGGAUGAGCUCUCUGAUAACCUUCCGAAUGAAGAUGAGAUGGUCGAUGUCGCUGCAGCGGUCAUGGAUAGCCGGAAGUCCGUCUAUCUUAGUAUCGGCGCGACCAAGUUUCUCGAGGAGGUUGAAGAAGCCCAGGCGAGAGACGACGAGAGCAGAUAUUUAGGGGUACGGCUAUCCCGGGUGCGGCAGUAUCUAUCCGACGGUCACCUCGACAACGACGACAAAGUCACGGCAGAGCGCAUCAAGAGAAUCGCGGAGCGUUUUGUGCUACAUGAGGGCAUCAUAUUUUAUCGGGGUAGGCCUGGUUUGAAGCUCUUUGUUCCGAGAGCUAAGACGAGAGAGUUGGCUUCGACGAAGUCAGAGUCACCGUGGAUGAGAUCGUGGAUACUGUGUAAAUACCACGACCUCACCGCGAUGUGCCACAGGGGUGGAGCACGACUUGCAGAGGCGGUGUUGAGAUUCCACUGGUGGCCUACCGUUCUAUCCGAUUGUGCUAGGUAUGCCCGUACGUGUACGAGAUGCCAGAUCGACAAGGUGACAUUGCGUCAUAAAGUUGGCGAGCUGGGAUCGACAGUAUCGAGAAGCUCGAGGCCGAAUGAACUGCUGAUUGUGGAUUAUGCUGGGCCUAUCACCUGUACUGGGCAGGGAGUUGAAGAUCCAAAGUACAUACUACUCGUCAUUGAUGCUUUCACCCGAUGGUUGCACCUGGAGGCAGUCCAUAGUGAUGAUGCAACCACUACUGCACAAGUCCUUUGGCGUACCCAUAUAUGUGUCCAUGGCCCACCCGCAGUUCUCCACUCUGAUAGGGGAGCACACUUCACGGCCGAUAUCAUCAAGGAGCUAUGUCGGUUUGCCUCGAUGACUCAUACAGUUGGAUCUGUGAGAAACCCUCGAGUCCAAGGGAUAGUCGAGAGAUCGGUUAGAGAAGUGAAGACAGCUCUAAGAGUGACGAGCGAACGACUUCGGCAGGAGGGCAGAGGCUGGUGGGAACAACUCCCGGCAAUAGCUAUGGUCCACAACACUGCAACUCCGACUUACGCAGGCUCGGUUGGUGACCUCUCCCCCUACCAUCUCACGUAUGGCAGAUCGACGCCUGACUUGUUUGCUGGUGAGAACCCACCUGAAGGAGGGUGCGAUAACAUUGGCGCCUAUGCUGACAAACUUCGCCGCAGUCUUGAGGCGGCGCAUGCGAUUUGGGAUACGGUGAGGCAGCUCGAGAUCUCCAAGAGGCAGGAUGAGUUUCGUCUCAAUAGUACUAACGAUGAUCUGCAAGUAGGUGACUACGUGCUGAGAGUCCUUUCGAAAGAUAUUCCUGGCGGACAGAAGCCUGAAGUGCGAGGGCCAUAUGUCGUGGCUGGGAGAGCCGGUACCAAUCACUACACUGUCGACGGCAUGGACGAGCCCAUCCCUGCUCACCAAUUGAAACUCAUUUCACUGGAUGAAGGGUUGCGCCUAGGUCUCGCAGGAGAAAUCUCGGAUCCGCGUUAUCGCCGCCUCGGUGUGGUUAAUCAUUGGAAAAAGUUGUUGAAGACCCCGAUGGAGCAGUUGUUACACAAAGAUUUGGUGUUAUAUGAGGUGCCGGAUGAUCAGAACGAUCACAACUACUUCUAUGAUGUGGCUGAAGUCCUUGACAAUAUGCCGACUACUCGUGAGCUGAAGGUUCGGUUAUGGAUGGUAGAUGCUCUAGGGCGAAUCGCCCUGGGCGAUGGGGCGAAGGUCCCUCGGACCGGAUCCUGGUUAUUGGGUAUGAUAGAGUCGUCGCGAAUAAACUGGUGUUGA